AAGUUUAUGAGUCGCAGGCCGCGAUGAAGCUGAUUCUCAUUUCCCAACGGACUCUGGCAACAAUGAAACUCUUGAUUCAGCUCAUUUUGGUAGCAGGUGUUGCAUAUGUAACUUCAUCUACGGCGCAUGAUGGACCACUGAUCCACACCAAGCUGGGAGCCCUUAGAGGUGAAUACUUGCGCGUGAGGGGAAAGACAACAGUGGUCCACUCAUACCUGGGCGUGCCCUUCGCUAAACCACCUGUGGGACCCCUCAGGUUGGCCCGUCCCCAACCUGUGCAGGGAUGGGAGGGGGUCAGGGAUGCCACCAAGCAGCCAUAUAUGUGUGUACAAAACCGACAGAUAUCUCUCAACUUCGGCAUGGAUGUGGAGAUUCCUGAGGUAUCUGAGGACUGCCUCUACCUCAAUGUUUACACUCCUGCCAAACCGGCUGAAGAUGCCAAGUUACCUGUCAUGGUGUGGAUCCAUGGUGGAGCGUUUGCUAUUGGCUCCGCCUUCUUUUAUGACGGAUCUGUCCUGGCAGCCUAUCAGAACGUGGUUGUGGUGCUGAUUCAGUACAGACUUGGAAUGCUGGGCUUAUUCAGCACUGGGGAUGAUAAUGCCCCGGGAAACAUGGGCCUCUUGGACCAGGUGGCUGCACUGCAGUGGGUCCAGGAGAACAUCCAGAGCUUUGGAGGGGAUCCCUCCUCUGUCACCAUAUUCGGAGAGUCAGCAGGGGGAGUGAGCGUGUCUCUGCAGGUUCUUUCACCCUUAAGCUCUGGUCUGUUCCACCGGGGCAUUGCUGAAAGUGGUACCUCAGCCAUGGAUUUCCUCAUCAACGCACAGCCAUUGGCCGUAGCUAUGAUGGUGGCCAAUGCAUCAGACUGUGCUGGCACAAAACCACAUGAGAUGGUGGACUGUGUGAUGCAGAUGUCGACCGAGGAUGUUUUAAAGAUGGCAGAGAAUCCUGUCUUGAUGUUUGGGAUAACGGUGGACAAACAUUUUUUGCCCAAACCUGCGCAAGACCUUAUAAAAUCCCAUGAGUUCAACAAAGUACCAUUAAUUAAUGGCAUCAACAAUGAUGAAUGUGGAUGGUUACUGCCUGCGUUUCUUGCACCACCUGGCUGGGUAGAUGGGAUGGACCCUGAGACCAUCAAACAGUCUGUCGCCUUCUUCUUCCCAAAUGUAGAAGACAGUAGGAUCAUUGACCUGAUUUUGGAGGAGUAUCUGGGGACAGGAGAGGACAGGGUCAAAAACAGGGAUGGAUUCAGAGAGCUCCUUGGGGAUAUCAUGUUCAACAUUCCUGCCAUCAAGUUAUCAAAUGCUCACCGGGAUUCUGGUGCACCUGUUUACAUGUAUGAGUUCCAGCAUCCUCCCAGCAUGCUCUCGCCCAAGCGCCCAAGCUUUGUGAAGGCAGAUCACACAGACGAACUUCAAUUUGUGUUUGGAGGCUGCUUCACGAAAGGCCAUGUCAAUAUAUAUGGAACCUUCACAGAGGAGGAAGACGAGCUUUGUAGAACAGUGAUGUCAUACUGGGGCAACUUCGCUCGCACUGGAUCUCCCAAUGGUGCUGGGUUAACCCACUGGCCUAUGUACGGUGCUGGGGGAGCGUACUUGGAGAUUGGGCUAAAGCAGCAGGUGGGAAACCAUCUAAGGGCCGACCGCUUCACUUACUGGACAGAGACACUUCCAAAGAAGAUCCAGGAGAGGAAGCAGCAGCAGCACCAGCAGCAGCAGCAGCAGCAGCAGCAGCAGCACAGUGACGAGCUGUAGACGGCUGAUUCAUAAAUUAUGUAGUGUGAUAAUGCAUCAGUGAAACAGUUUUUAUAGUUUGAAGAGGAUAAAAUGUAACCAAGUGACACAAUUCCACAAAUUGCACUUAUUUCAAACCCCCAACAAUAAGAAUAGUACUGUAGAUGCAUAGUUGUGCAGCGAUUGGGUUCAACUUAGCCCUGAAAAACCAGUGGCAGUUAUUAAGGUGUUGAACAAACUGUGAAUACUUCAAUGGGUGAUCAUCUUUUCUGUUUUGAGAUGUCACCUCCUCAAGCCAAGUAAAAUGUGCCAAACCUUUUAUUGUUAUUUGUUUUCAUAACAGUAGGCAAAUCUUUUAUUGUUAUUUGUUUUCAUAACAAU